UACAGCUGUGGGCAGCGUCGCUGUGAGUCAGUGAAGCCGUGUGGGAGGAGUUAAAGUAAGAUGGCUGCGGGAGAGGCAAGAGUGCUUGAGAAAUCAUCAAAUGGGAUGUUUAUCUGUCGCUAACAGGAUGCACAGCUGCCCCGAAGAAGGAGUGGUUAAUUUGUCAGCGUCGCCGGGUCAGUGUGGAGCAGUUCGCCGGUUGUCUCCGCGCUGCGUUCGUGUCCGUCAGCCGUUCAUCGCUCUGACAUUGUGGAAUUCACCAACAGCUAGGUGUUAGCAGGCAGCUAGCUGGCUGCUAGCUAUCCGAGGAAAUCUGCUCCUCUUCAACAGCUGCUGAGACUCCUGCACACAAACAAGAGGGGUGUACCUGUCCUGACCGGCUAUGGAGUGGUGUUGGCUUCAGACUGGAUGACGGCGUCCACAGGGAGGACAAGAAAGCAAAGUUUCUAAAUCAGCAACACCCUUCCCUUUUGGAGUUGGCUGACCGGCAGUGACAGCUCGUUCAAGCGUCGUCCUUUUUCUCCGUUUGGGAUCGCCUCCCCUCUCCGUCCCUCUUCCCCUUCUUUUUCCUUUUAUCUUUGUCCAUAUCUUCUCCUUUAGUUCCCCUCCUGAGCUCUUGCUUUCCUUCCUGGGCGCUUUUGUGUCUGGACUUAGAAGUUCCCUUUUUGCUAUUUUUUUUGUUUUGUUUUGUUUUGUUUUCUCCCCCCUCAUCCCUCCCUGGUGUUUGAGUCUGUGAGACCUUUCACCUGCCUCCCGCCGGGUUCGGAAUGAGCUGGCUUAGCAGGUUGAACCCACGGUCCGGCCGCAGCGCCGUCGCCUCCGCCGCCCCCUCCAGCCCGUGCACUGCCGACCCAGAGACCUGCCUGAUGGUGUUUGAGAACCACUGGAGACAGGUGUCUUGGGUUUUGGAUCAGCGAGAAACGUCAUCCUCCAGCGACGACCUGACUGCGGUGCGAAACAACACCGACCAGAUGUUGUGUCUGCUGGCGGAGGAGCGUCCCGCCGAGAGCACAGAGGGCGGCUCUUGCGCGGCGCCCAUGGGCCCCAUCCUGGAGCUGGUCGUCACGGAGAACAUCCUGGAGCGCCUGGUUCAAUGGCACCUGUGGCGCGGCCUGGACCCGGACAGCCAGGGGGCCCUGCUCAAACUGUUCGAGAUGCUCAUCGGCCAGUCCCAGCAGCCUCUGCUGCAGCACACAGCCGUUCUCCACCCCCUGCUGAGGCUGCUGGGAGCGUGCGCCGACCCAGAACUUGGCUGUCCCCCGGCCUUGGAGAACAGCCUAGUACUGCUGCUUAAUCAGGUUUGCGUGUCCAUGGCCCGGCAGCCGGUGGUCCUAGAGAUGCUGUUCCAGGCUGCGCCGGCCCAACAGGGCUCCACCAACCUGCUGAUCUUCUCCCUCCUCGUGCCGUUCAUCCACCGGGACGGAGCCAUCGGCCAGCAGGCCCGAGACGCGCUGCUGCUGGUCAUGGCGUCCUCGGCCAGUCACGAGGCGGUGGCGCGAUACAUCGCCGAAAACUCCUAUUUCUGCCCGGUGUUGGCGACGGGGCUCAGCGCCCUCUACUCCUCUCUGCCCAGGAAAAUCGAGGUCCGUGGAGACGACUGGCAUUCGCUGCGGCGGGAGGACUGGAUGGGCGUUUCGUCUCUCGUGCUUUUCAUGAACUCCUUGGAGUUCUGCAACGCCGUGGUGCAGGUGGCACACCCCCGGGUCCGCUCUCAGCUCCUGGAUUACCUCCACAACGGCUUCCUGGUCCCCGUCGUGGGCCCCGCCCUGCACAAGUCGUCGGUGGACGAGAUGAUCGCCAGCACCGCCUACCUGGAUCUUUUCUUGCGCAGCAUAACGGAAACAUCGCUCCUCAAAACCUUCCUGCGCUUCAUCCUGCUGCAUCGCCAUGACAAUGACACCAUCCUGGACACGCUGCUCACGCGCAUAAGCAGCAAUUCAAGGCUUUGCAUGGUCUCAUUAAGUCUGUUCAGGACUCUCCUGUCCCUGCAUUGUGAGGACGUCAUGCUGCAGCUUGUUCUCAGGUAUCUCCUGCCCUGCACCCAUGUAAUGCUGAGUCAGCGUCGUGCCAUCAGGGAGACGGACAUGUACGGAAAGUCGGCGAACAAGUUCCUGUCGCUGAUCCCGGAGUGCUGCCGGCUGAACGCAGCGAGCUCCACCGAACGCGACGACGACAAUCCAUUCUGGGGCAAAGUCAUGAACAAUCCAAGCACGGAAGCUCCAGCCCCACCCAGACCCAGCACCCCGUCCCGCUUGUCGUUCUUCAUGCGGCAGCAGAGCAGCAGUGGCGGCGGCGGAUCGGGAGGAGGGGGCUCGUCUAACCUUCCUGCCGUGGAUCCGCUGCACCCUGGUCCAUCCGGGUCCCACGCUCUGUCCCCGGACAGUCCCAUGCACCAGCAGCAAACCCACACAGAGUGUCUGGAGUGGGACGCGGGGUACCUGGAGUACCUCAAGGACGCGCGUCGGGGAAUCGAGCAUUGCGCCUGGUCCUGCCGUGAUUGGUCCGCGCCUUACGACGGAGAAAACCCUUCCCCGAGCGCAGCCCCUCCGCCUCCACCUCCCCCCACCUCCAACGCCUCCAUGGCCAUGUUCCCGGAGCAUUUCUCCUUCCAGCACGGAGGAAGCAGCGGCACUCCUCCAGGCCAGCAGAGGGCUGCCGUUGUGGCGGCGGCACGGUCGGAGUGGAGCAGUUCGGAGCGGGACAGCGGCGAGUGGGACGUCACAAUAGGCAAAAACAACUGCAUCAGUCUCACGCCGCGCUCCAAGAAGCGCACCCUUCAAACGGAGGAACUGCUUCCCAAACCGAUGCCGCCGCUCGUCCCCUCUUCGCCCGCUGCCUCCGCUCUGUCGGCUUCACACUCCAACUCCUCCCCAAGUCAGCACAUUUCCACGUCCGCCAUCACUGUGAGUUACCAGCCGAUGUAUAACGGGACAAUCGCGCAGGCGGACGGUUGUUCGGACAGCCGGGACAGAGGACUGGAAGUGAAAAAAGUCAAAAGAGACUUGGGGGAGCAGCGGUUCUUGGAUGAGAACGCCAACCAGAACGGAUCUCCCAUCUCCUACUCCUCCCACAAUCACGCCGCCGUCCCCCAGUCGAUUUUCAGCAACAGGAACAGCAGCGACUUGAAAUCUCUACAGUUUCCUGCCCCCGACACCAAACCGCUGACCAACUCAGGCCCGCACCGCACAUCCUCAGAUCUUCCAGAAACCAACCAACAGUCGCAGCAAUCCGUGGAGUGGCUCAUCGAAGAGCUGCUGGAACAGGCGCCGGACGACCCCCAGCAGCUCCCCGGAGACGCCAACGGUCAGGGCAUCAGCAUCGAGGCCUUCACCCAGGAGCUGCGGGAGCUGGAGGACCGGGUGAAGGAGCGAAGCCAAGCCGCCUCCCUGCAGCCCGACGCCGCUGCAGAAUCGCUCUCCGCCGAGCAGCAGGACGAACAGCUUUCCACCGCUCUGAACGCGAAGCUGACUGGUGACGUCAAGGGGGAGGGAUCUGAGGUGGGAGUCUGGAGUCCUGCUAGACCGCUUAACCAGCCGGCCUCGCAGCCAUACACUGGCCCAUUCAUGGUGGUUCUGUUUGCCAAGCUGGAGAACAUGCUCCAAAACUCUCUGUACGUCAACAUCCUGCUCACUGGCAUCGUAGCCCAGUUGGCUUGUUAUCCUCAGCCCCUCCUACGCUCCUUCCUGCUCAACACCAACAUGGUCUUCCAGCCCAGCAUCAAGUCGCUGAUCCAGGUUUUGGGUUCUGUGAAGAACCGCAUUGAGGCAUUUGCAGCUUCUCAUGAAGACUUCCCUGGCAUGCUGAGGAAAGCCCAGCAGUACCUGGUGGCUCGAGGGAAAGUGGACUGGACCGACAUGGCUGGCGCCGUCCCCCCACUGCGGCGCUCUGAUUCUCUAGUAAAAAGCCGAAAGCCGUCGCUUGGAGACCUGAUCCUCCGACACACAAACAGCCCCACGCGGGCUCGGCACGCCGCUCAGCUGGCGCUCGCUCACGUCCGGGACGGCGGCCAAUCGCUGCACAGCGCCUUGUUCCGGGGUGGCAGCGGCUCGUCCGGGCUGGAGAAGCAAGCCGAGGCAUUGCGGGUGAAAAACGCCGUCUACUGCGCCGUCGUUUUCUGCGAGUUCCUCAAAGAGCUGGCAGCCAUGGCUCAAGAGCACGCCGUCACUUUACCGUUCCCUCGGAGCCAGAAGGCCGAGGAGUAGAUUGGUAAACACAACCCCUUUUGAAACUUGACUCCUGGAUUUUCUUGUCUUUAUUUUUUACUCAUUUGAAGCUGUAAAGCGUGUUUCUCCCCUCACCAGACUUGCGCACUGAGACUUUCUGUCACCGAAAUAUUGAUCUGCAAUGGUGCAGACAGAAAAACAGGAGGAAAACGGCGGCAUUUUUCUACCAAAAUUAGCAUAAGGAACCUAAAGGACUGGAAUCGUUGUUGUAACAGAAGAUCUGGUGCAUAUCAUGUAUUAUAUUUACAUUCUGUACACAUUGAGUCUCGCUAAACACUUGAGAUUUGGGAGCUUGUAAAUAAAGCCACCGCGGCGUGGCAUCGUAAAGGAAGUAGGUGCACAUACUGGUGCUAGUUCACACUCCUUAUGUUUUCGUUAGGAAGCGUGCUCUCAGGUAGCACAGACAACAAGAUGGAAACAGAACACCAAAUAUUUCUUGGCGGGAAAACAUUAAAAGUAUAAAUAUAAAAAAAAAAAAACAACAAUAUUAGUACAUCAAGCCUGUCUUAGCUUUCAUCGAAGCGUUUAAUCUUCUGUGUAGGACCUGGUCCAGGGAAGGGAAUUAGUGUCAGACUUGGUGACGUUAUCAGAGUUAAUUGUUUUUGAAACGACAGCUAAAAACUGGAGAAACAAGAAAAAAAGAAGAGGGGGAGCGUUUCUUUUUCUUUUUCUUUUCUGUAAAGGAAUUACAGAACGUCGUGGAAAGUGUUAGGUAAUUAAAUGCCAUGAUUUUUUUUAUUUUUUCCUUUUAAUUUGCGCCAUUUACCUGACAUAUCAGCAGCAUGUGGGUGUGGGCAUGUGCCACUGUGUAAGUUCAUUUUGAUGAACUCCAGUUCUUCAGGCCAUUACUGACUCAUCAGUCCGUCGCCAUAGAGCAGCUGGGGACAGAAAAGACCGCACUGUGUGAAGUCGCUUUUUCUUCUUCUUUUUUUGGUCAUUUUAAGAGUUUUAAAUUGACUUGCAGUUAGUUUAAAAAAAAAAAAAAACCUGGAGGCAUUCACUCUUCUCAGUUCUUUGUUUUUAAUAAGUGGGCUACAAAUUAAGGGUUCAAGAAGCCAUCUAUUCAGUUUUUACUCUUUCGCUUUGUGUCUUGAUAAAAGGCCAGACUGAACGUUUUUGUCAUAUAAAUUAACAUGCUGCUAUAUUUGUUGUUGUUUUUUUGUUGUUGUUUGUUUUAAACACUAACAUUGAUUUAAUUAGUGUCAUAGCCACUGUUUCUUCACUUUGUUGGUGGGUACCAGAUCUAAACGUGUGUGUGUGAGGAAGCCAGUCGUGAUCAGCGGUUUUUUUUGUUUGUUUGUUUGUUUUUUUUCUCUUAUAGCAUCGACGGUUGAAUUAAGUUGCAGUUCAGUGUUAGAAGCUUUCGCCAAGUUUUCCCUUCAUUUACGUGACGGUUUGUUUUCUGCACUUUUAUUAUAGAGAUGCAGCGAUCUGAAUUUUGUGGAAUGUUGCCUCUUGCGGAUCAGUUUUGAUGGACUAGAAAAAAAAAAAAAGAUAAGUACGAUUUGAAAUAUUUUCUCUCCCCUUCUUAUAUAAUUAGCUGCAUAAGGUGGAGAGGUGACAUCACACUGUGUGACAGAGCAGAUGCCGGAGAGACACUUUAAAAUGCCUUUUAUAUCUUUUUGUUAACGGUUAUCACAGUUAGCAUGCUAGCAGCGCUAAAGCUGCAGUCUGCAGUGUUUAUUUGCAUAUUUAUGUAGAUUCUUAGAAACUCUGAGAUUUCUAAAGCUCUUCAUUCGAUGGCCAUUGAUUGCGGUUGAAGGCUCAAAUGGAUCACAGCUUGUUUUCGCCAUGAAGGUUUUUUUGCUUCAAGUCUUUGCUCUCUCUGCUGCAGCGCUAAUUCGCUAGCUAAUAGCUUCUUACAUCUUUCUACUUCCCAGCUCUACUCUAUACUGAAAAAUGUCUAGCUUUCAGUUAAAAACAAACAAACAAACAAGUAAAAAAAAAAAAAGUUUCUUAUUGGCCGGUGACUUUUUGGAGACUAUCAAGCUGAAAAUUCUCGUUGCAUCUCUAUUUUAAGUUACGGAGAACCUCUGGAGAACAGAUCGAUACGAUCACUUCUUCUCAUCUCUUUACUGUGGAACGCGUUUCUUUGCACAUACUAGCUUCCCAAACUCUGAGCAGCAGAGAGAAACUGCCUGUAAAGUCUUUUUCUCUGAAAUCUAAACUCUUUUUGACAUUGUCAUCUCUCCUACCUUUAAGAAAGGAAAGGGGGGAAAUAAAGGCUUUUUCAUAUUGUUAAAGCCAGAUCUUUUAUCACGUUUGUACGCCACUUUUCUACUGACUUUCUAGAUGCAUUUCAUAGCAGCCCACAGUUUUUUAUUGAAAAGGGUUUCUGCAUGGCCAUGUUUAAUGAAAUGUAAGUUUAAUCGUGUUUCCUGCAGCACUGGUGAGCUUUUGUCACAGACGUCAUCCCGUUUGCCUGCAGGAGUGUGUGGAGGCCAGCAGGUUCUCCACUGAAUGUUUCUCUGUACAUGUAAAGUUUUCCCACUGCCAUCCAUCGCCUCACUCCUCUGUGGCCUCGUCAGCUUCCUCCUUUUAAACUCGAGAUUUUACUUUUUUUUUUUUCCACCAUUUUUGGAUCCGAUUUUAGACACGAUUGCGAAGAGUCUUGAUGGAUUCGCCGUAGUUCCUCGUUUCUGGAGCGAUUCCAGUCGCUGACCUUGUUUCUCUUUGAUGCAUUCAUGGACACCAAAGACAAUCGCCUGACACCCUCAGCUCCCACAUCUACCCUCGGUAAUCAUCCAUGCUUUAACCUCGUUUUGUUUUUCUUUUGUUGUUUUUUUUAGAAAGUGCCAACUUUGGUUUUGAGGUUUGACGUUAACAACCAGGCAUGUAUGAUUUUUUUUUCUUUUUUUCUUCUUCUUUUGUUAUAAUUCACGUUACCUUCAUGAACUUUGCAUACACUCCCUGAGUCAUUUCCCACUUUUUUUUAAUGUAUAACUUUUUCAUUUAAACACAUUAUCAAAGGCGUGAACAUAGAAGGAGGUAUUUGAUGAGCGAACAUGUCCUUCCAGGGGAUUUGAUGUCUUCCCGAUCUGUAAACACACUUUUAUUCAGCACAGCGCGAAUGUCGAAUAAUAAACAACUAAAUAAAGCAAAACAACAUUUUUUUUAUUUUUUUAAAAAUUAAGAAACAAGAUAUGCUGAAUUCAAUCAGAGCUUCUUUGUCCUUGAAGUUUCUUAUUUGGCUUCACAGUAGUUGCCUCUCAUUGGAAGCACUCCCAGCGAUCACAGUGGUGAUUGUGAAAGUGUGUAAAAAAAAAAAUAAAAAAUUAGAAAAGACAAAUAAAGGAGGUUGUCACUGGCUGCUCGGGGGCGGAUCUUCCACCGGUCAGGCUGAGCUGUUCAAUCAUUGUCUGCAGAUUCUUUCAUUUAUGUUGACUUUUAUUCGUCAAAUUUAGACAUCAAAGAUUAAGAAAAAAACAAGUCUUUAUGUUUAUUUUAUUGUCUGUUCUCUCGUUUGACUACCUGACAAAAAUAGUGAUGAUUGGUGAACCUACAGCUGGCAAUCAGCACAUUAUGCACAUUUUAUACACUACAGCUGAUCUGACAUUCAGCAAAAUUUCCUUUGCUUUCGGAUUUUUGUCAAAAUUCAGAACGUUUUGCAUCUCGCCUUCUCUGCAAAUAAAAAGUUUUGUUUUCUACCUCCAUUUUCCUCUAGAUUGUUUUUUUUUUUUUUUUUUUGUCGAGGAUGAAAAAUGUAACUGAAGCACAUUUGUUUUAUGGUGUAUUAUGAUGCAGUGUUUUUUAUUUUUUUUUAUUUUUGCCAUAAUUGGAUGUUUAAGCUCUUUCUGUAUCUCUUUUUUUUUUUUUCUCUCCCAACUUUUCAUCUCUUGUGCAAUCUAUGCAACACACACUCUGGUAUCCCUGCCCUGGAGCUGAAUGAAGAUGUGGAAUGAAUUUAACUUGUAAAUACUGUUUUUUAAAAAAGAGAGAGGGAGAAAAAGAAGAGAUCAAUCAGAUCGGUCGGUCUAAGUGAGAUGUGUGGAAUAACCGGCAGAAUGGAAACGGUUUCCAAAAUGUAACCAUGAAUGUUGUCGUAAAUAUUUUUUUAUAUUUUGAAAUUGCUAGGAGAAAAAAAAGUAAAAAAUCAUCGUGGGAAAGCUGUCAGAAGAACACUACAAAGGGAAGUUUUUAUUAAUUUAUAAAUUCAUUGCUUAGCAAUAUCACAUUUGUCUUGGUGUCAUUUUUUUUUUGUCGCCUUUUGAAAUAAAUUAUUCUGUAAUGCAAA